AUGGCUCCCAAAAGGUCAACUAUUUCUGGGCGAAUUCAAUCACGGUCAAGUGAUAAGGUAAUAGUCCGUAGAGAAAGAGGCAAGGUGGCACAACGUGCCUUCAGGCAAAGACAAAUAGACGCAAUCAAAAGUUUGAGGGAGGAGAACCAAGCGCUUCGGGCUGCAAUUGUAGCUAUCGAUGAUGCGGCAAAUCUUUAUGAUCCAAAAGUGUUGAACAAGACCGUCGAGACUGCGCGGCAGCUGGUCGAUGUUCUGGAGCAACAGCAAGCUCCGGAGAGUGCUGCUACACAAGUGAUUGAGAAGAACAAAACAGCACAUGAGGCUGAUGUGGUCGAUAAUGUGCACAUCUCGCGCAAUGUUGAAGACUACUUGCCUGCAGCCUUCUCUGGAAACAUUUCACGGCAGACACAUCACGACCAUGGUUCGGACAUCGAAGGCCAUCUUCCAUCAACCAGCUUUGACCAACAAAUAAGACUGACCGGCGCCCCACUCGACAUCGUGCCAUAUCUUGGAGCAGAAGCAUAUACUGUAGCAGGACAGAUCCACUGGGUCACUCUAGCUUAUAGCUACUCGGCCGUUAAGGCAAUGAGACACCCCAACCCACCGAAAGAAGCCUACAUAUAUGUCACCAAGAUAUUCGGAAACGUUUUGCGGCGAAUCUCGAUCGAAGGGAUACUGGAUAUCCUUCAUGGUCGGUUGAUAUACAGGAAGAACGGCUUCAUGACUGGCGAUGAGCAUUCGGCCCGGGAUCCAUCGCUUGGUCGCGCACUCAUGCUAUCCGCGAUGGACCAAUGUGCACCUACCCCAAAGUGGUAUUAUCUCACAGCCUUCGACGUCGCGGACCGAGUACGCCAGGACUUAGGGUUGGGGUUUGCAAUGUUUGAGGCAACCUUGUCCGGAAACAUAAAUGACGGCCGAGCUUCGGUUAUGAGGGAGUUGAUGAGAGAAUUGGCUUUGAAAGCGGUUUGCUUCGGCGAUGGUGCGAGGUGGGACCCAGAUGACAUAACAGCUGCUAUACGCCGAUGGGUGGCGGAGACCAGUGGAUUUGAUUAUUAA